UUAUAUACACGUUUAUCAAUUCUUAAAUGUUUCAAUUUGAUCCAAAGAUGGUUUCAUUUUGCUUCAUACCUAAAUUUUCUUGAAACCACUGUAAAUAUUUCAAAUAUCAUGCUUCACAACACCAAAUUACUUCGAGAGUACACUGAAUUGCAGUGAAAUUGGCUACAAAUUCACUAACACAUUCACACCGCAGCGUCGGUGAACCGAUCUCGCCAUCGACUCACCGACGCGGCGUGAAUGUGUAGGGAAUUUGUAGCCAACUUCACUGCGACAAGUUCAAUGCAACUCCGAUGACAAGAAGUCUCGCGGGACGGAAGAGGGGCAAGAGAAGAUACUAUGCACACAUUAACCGACCCCUUAGUUUCACACGAGCCUGAUUAGUAAAUGUAACCGCGUCGACCAAUCAUACGUCACGGCCGACGUCACGUGUGAGCUGAAGUAGGGCGCGACCAAUCAGACUGCGCUAUUCUCAUGGGACUUCUUGUGAUCGGUGGACAGUACAAUACUGACAAUUCGUAUCGUCGCGAAUCGCGACAGUGCUGCUGUUUAAUGUUUAAUAGAGAGGAAUGCUAUGACGAGUUGAUUAACCAUGCUUGUAUCAGUUUAUUUGAGCAUAAAAUAAUAAAUGAACGAUAUUUUUUAUUUAAUCCUUAAAGGCAAAGUCACUUUUGCUAUACGGAUUGUAAUUCAAUGACAAUUAUUUACAAAUAUACAUGUUAUUGAGCAACUGAUCAAGAGUAUUACGCGUUUAAUAAACAAACAUUAUUAAUUUUAAACUGAAGAAACAUAAAAUUCUUCGAAGUAAGCAUAGAAGUAUUCAUCGCGUGUCAAAUGUGAGAAUUAAUUCAAAAAACAGAGGUUAUGAUUAAGAAGAGAAGAGAAGAUGGUUGAGUGUUACAACCUGAAUGUUUCUUUUUAAAAUCACUUAUUAAGUCUCAUUAAAUCACCUGUGUAUUUGCGCCAUUAAGAUUGCAAUCAUGUCAGGUAAAGGAAAACAAAGUUCUAAGAAAGCUAUUGUUAAAGUGAGAGAAUCUGGGAAGUCCUCUACGCUUGUACAAUCUUCAACGCUUAAUUCAGAUACAAGUACAGAGAGCACAGAGACUACAUUGUCCUUACCAAUUUUAAAAAUUGCCGAUAACAGCAGGCUUCUUCCAAGGUACAGUAGCAUUCUGCAACGCACCGCGGAAGAAGGCGUGGGUAUGGAAGACCUCGAUACGUUGCAAUUAGAGUUAGAAAUGCUUCUCUCAUCGGUGGUUGUAAGACAUCGUAUGCUUCAAGAGGAAAUAGCAAAUUUAUCUUCAGCGGAAGAACGUAGAGAUAAAAGGUCUAAAAGUGGGAAAGGUCUUUCUCUUCUCGACAAAAAAGUCAGAGAAGAAAAAUUCAAACCGAAAGAAGUCAAUGCGAAAACACAGUCACCUCUUCCAGCAAAACUGUUUAAACAGAAAGCUAUUGCCAGUACGAAUUCUCAAGUCAUUCCAAAUGUACAUGAAAUUUCAAGAAUCGAAGGUUCCAAGUCAGAAUCACCAAAGUUACUAUUACCAAAAAAUGACACCCCCAAUAAAUUUUGGGCAUCCGUCGAUCCGUAUUGUACAGACAUUAUGCCCGAUGAUAUUAAAUUAUUAGAAGAAUUAAUCGCCACUCAUAGCGAUGUUAGCGACUUCAAAAAGAUUCCUCCGUUGGGUCGGCAUUACAGUUUAAUGUGGGCGCACAGUGAUUUGCUGCAAGAAGAGGAUGCGGCAAACCCAAACAGGGAUAAGAAGAAGAAUCGUUCAGACGUGUCCCUUUUGGUAGCAAAGAAUGAUAGGAAAGCUCACAGUAUAGCGGGGCCUCUUACUCAAAGACUGGUAUCUGCUUUGCUAGAGGAGAAUGUUUACGUAGCGAAUAAUAAUGCAGAUAAUAAGCUAUUCAGGGACAGCGAUCCCCCUGUCUUAAGAGAUCUUACUAUUCAAAAUUCCAUUAAUUUAGAAUUAAGGAUGCAUAAAGAGCUCGUAGAGCAAGGAAUUUUAGAACCGGAUGCACAAAAGAAGUGUCAGGAAGACGAUGAAAUUCUAGCAGAAAUUAAAAGAUGUCAGCAAGAACUUACUGCGCUUUCUAAUCACAACGUUACACAGUUGAAGAGGCUGUUGAAUUUAGCCCAAGAGGAGAGCAAGCGACAAGCGUUGAAAAGAAAAAUAAGCACUGCUGACAACGAAGUGAUAGAACAUUACAAAAAACUUAUGUUAUCGAAACAAAGAAAAGUACCAUUAACAAAGAAGGAACAGGACAAGGCAUGGGCGUGUCUUAGGGAAAGAGAAAAUCUGUUAGAUCAACUGAAUAUGUUACCGCAUAAUAAUGUAGGAGAACCUAUAGGUUUUGGCACUACUACAAAUUAAUUUAAAUUUUUUUUACUCUAUUGUAUAAUAUCAUGAUAAAGCUAUAUAAAAAAAAAUUUAAUUUUCAAAGCAAACA